AUGACGAGCAUGAGUGCCCAUGCGCCCGAGGCGUACACUUGUGACGUGCACUCUCAGCCCGGUCUUGAAGUAAACCAGGGUUACAAUGCACGCCCGCCGUACCACGACGAACUAGAGAUUAAACAUCAAGUCGUCCAACCGGAUCAUGCACCGCGAUACAGUUCUAUCGUUAACUCUCCCCUGCAAGAGCCUCGAAAGAAGGGAUUCAGCCUGUUGAUUGUCAUCAUUACUAUCCUGCUUACCACAAUCAUUGUCGGUGGCGCUGUGGGAGGUGGCCUGGGAGCUUCUUUAGCGAAUUGCGAUAGUAAUCAAAGUUCCUCAGAAAUAUCAACGACGACAGUAACCCACACCGUCACCCACACAUCCGCUUCCGCAGUUCCCACAACCAGCCUAAUAAAUUACACCGUGGCGGCCGCUUCAACGGUGUCGAGCCUCCAGAUGAACUGUCCAUCCAUCGACAAUAGCCUAUACUCAACACAUGCGCAGCAGAGCUUCCAGAUCUACUGCAACCACGACUUCUGGGCGGACCUGCCUGCCGCCUCUGGCGGGGUGAUUCGCAACUGGGCGGCCAUUGUCGCUUACACGGUCCACGACUGCAUCGAAGCAUGUUCGGCACUGAAUGUCCAAGCCGAUGCAUCGGGCGUCAACGUGCGGUGCCGGGCCAUGACCUUCAGGCGGGAUCUCGAGAGCCAGUUUGACAGUUCGGGCGGGAAUUGCUGGUUGAAGAACGAUACCAUUGCUGAUCUGGGCCAGGCUGUCAUGCAUGAUAUUGCCGUUAGUGCUGCAUUGUUGGAUAAUUAA